AGUUAGAUUGCAUAUUAUCCUUCAUCAUUAGGGUUCUUCUUUCUCUCUCUUCUCUCUCUCUUUCUAUCUCUCUGGUUUUUCAACAAACUCUCCCUGUUACCCAUCAUUGCUCUUUUGGUGGGGGGGGCUUUUUAUGUAUCCCUAUUCCUUCUCCCUUCUUCCAUUCAGCCCCUUUCCCCUUCUUCAAUUCCCCUCCGUUUUGUCUCUUCUUGAAUUCCUUGGGAUCCGAUCCGGCCGACAGACAGUAAACCUUUGAACGGCGGCUGAUGUUUGUAGUCCCGAGGAAGACAACAUAGGUUUUCUACUGUCUUUUCCUUUCUUGUCUAGAGAGAGAGAGAGAGAGGGAGAUAUAUAGAUACAGUUUCUAAAUAUAGUAGUUGCAGCUUCAUUAUCUUCUCUUCAAGAUCUGUGGAUAUAUACCACUGAGAUUCAUCAGGCCAGUGCAGGACAUAAUUGUGAGACAAUUGAAGCUACAUAGGAUGAUGAACUCCUUCGCGCAUGUUCCUCCCGGUUUCAGGUUCCACCCCACUGACGAAGAACUCGUGGAUUAUUACCUCAGGAAGAAGAUCUCUUCCAGAAGGAUUGACCUAGAUGUCAUCAAAGACGUUGAUCUCUACAAGAUUGAGCCCUGGGAUCUUCAAGAGCUAUGCAGGAUAGGAACAGAAGAGCAGAACGAUUGGUAUUUCUUUAGCCAUAAGGAUAAGAAGUAUCCGACAGGAACGCGCACGAAUAGGGCGACAGCCGCUGGGUUCUGGAAGGCAACUGGAAGGGACAAAGCUAUUUAUUCUAAGCAUGAUUUGAUUGGGAUGAGGAAAACUUUGGUGUUUUACAAAGGAAGAGCUCCAAAUGGUCAGAAAUCUGAUUGGAUCAUGCAUGAAUAUCGUCUUGAAUCUGAUCCAAAUGGUACCCCUCAGCAGGAAGAAGGGUGGGUGGUUUGCAGAGUGUUUAAGAAGAGGAUAUCGACAAUGAGGAGAGAAAGCGAUCAUGAUUCGCCGAUAUGGUACGACGAUCAAGUUUCCUUCAUGCCGGAAAUGGACUCCCCAACCCAGCAACACCCUCACCAGUCCGGCGGCCGGAGUACCUACGCCACCCAAUUCCCUUACCGCUGCAAGAAGGAGCUAGACCUUCAAUACCCGCCGGCGGUCAACGCCGCCGACCACCCACAAUUCCUCCAGCUCCCGCUCCUUGAAAGCCCAAACAAGCUCCUCCACGCGCCGCCCGGCCUCACCUACGCUCCCAUCCCCGCAUUCGUCGGCGGCGGCGGCGGACACAACAUCCAUCCCAUGUACGUAGACAACAACAACAACAACAUCCUCGGCGGCCACGAACCGGCGGCGGCGGCGGCAUAUCACGUCACGGAUUGGAGAGUGCUCGACAAGUUCGUCGCGUCACAGCUCAGCCAGGAAGAGGCUUCCAAGGGACCCACCACCGACGACUAUGCAAACGCCGCCGGCAACAUCUUCCAAACCUCCGACGACCUGAACAAGCAAGACCCGGCGCCGGAAAACGCCUCGACAUCAUCGUCAACCUCUCAUCACCAUCAGAUUGAUCUAUGGAAGUGAACCAAAUCUCUCGAAUCCAAAUGCCAAACGGUACAUACUGAUUGUAGGAACUACGUACAGUACAGACGCCCCUUCCAGAUGAAAACAAAAUAUGCAUGCAAGUCAAUGUGUACAUAAUAAAAGUUUAUUUCUUCCCCCCUAGUAAUUAAGUUAAGAAACAAUAUAAUGAGAUAAUUAAUUACUUUAAAGAAGAAAAAAAAAAGAUUUAUCUUAAGAAGAUGGGUCGACAUUAAUUACAGUGGUGUAGACCUGCAGAAUAUGUUUAAAUAUCUGUUGUUGAAUAUUUUCUCAGUAAUAUUUCUAGAAUAAUAUUAUGUCUAUUUCUUAUGUAAUUCCAACUUCCAAGGACCAAAUACUCUUUAA